GUGAGGUUUGUUUGCACCUGUUUUGUAUUUGUGCCUUGUAUGACCGAUUACACGAGCGUGACAACAAAGAGAGACAGAGAGAGAGAUGGAGUCACCGUUCAACGCCGAUUUACUGAAAGGAAAGGUGGCUUUAUUAACCGGUGGUGGCUCCGGUAUUGGGUUCGAGAUUUCAACACAGUUUGGUAAGCAUGGAGCUUCAAUCGCCAUCAUGGGUAGACGACAACAAGUCCUCGACACUGCUGUCUCUGCUCUUCAUUCUCUUGGAAUUCCGGCUGUUGGCUUUGAGGGGGAUGUUCGCAAGCAGGAAGAUGCAAAAAGAGUUGUGGACUCAACUUUCAAACAUUUUGGCAGGCUAGACAUUCUCGUGAAUGCUGCAGCUGGAAAUUUCCUUGCGUCAGCAGAGGAUUUGUCUCCUAAUGGAUUUCGAACAGUUAUGGAUAUUGAUUCUGUUGGUACAUUUACAAUGUGCCAUGAAGCACUUAAGUAUCUCAAGAAAGGUGGACCGGGAAGGAGCUCAUCUGGUGGUGGAACAAUUUUGAACAUUAGUGCUACUUUGCAUUACACAGCUUCUUGGUAUCAAAUCCAUGUAUCUGCAGCCAAGGCAGCUGUGGAUGCCACUACAAGAAACUUGGCACUAGAGUGGGGAACUGACUAUGAUAUUAGAGUCAAUGGCAUUGCACCAGGCCCCAUUGCUGAUACUCCUGGCAUGAGUAAACUUGCACCUGAGGAGAUAAAUAGCAAAGCUAGAGACUACAUGCCUUUGUAUAAACUAGGGGAGAAAUGGGAUAUUGCUAUGGCUGCUCUCUACCUUGUUUCAGAUGCAGGUAAAUACGUCAAUGGAACCACUAUUCCUGUUGAUGGAGGUCUUUGGCUGACCAAGCCUCGGCAUCUGCCAAAAGAAGCAGUAAGGCAGCUUUCACGAGCAGUGGAAAGCAGGUCUAGAGAGAAACCUGUGGGACUUCCAACUAGCAAGCUGUAGGCCGACAGAAUACAAACAUAAUCAUUAUGAGUUCGUUGCCCCUCCACUUGGCAAAAAACUUAAAUGAAAUACAUUUAAAUAUCUCAACUUUCAAGUUUCUAGAAAUUUGAAACCAACUUAGAGGGCGCUUGUGGAAGUCACUCAAGAGUUAGGAAACUUUCUUCCUUUGUGUGACUUCUCUGAAUUCCUAAUACGAUUAAUAAGGGACAUCUCAGUUAUGAUGUGCAA